AUGGCCGUGCCCUGGGGUUCAUUAUCCGACUAUAUAGGCCGCAAACCAGUGAUCAUCAGCGGCCUAAUCUGCACAAUGAUUCUGUCCAUUCUACUCGGUCUAUCAAACUCCCUGGCCAUGGUCCUCGCGACCCGUGCGCUUAUCGGCUUCAUGAACGGUAACGUGGGAAUUAUCCGCACCAUGGUGGCGGAGAUUGUACCAGAGCGCGAGCUUCAACCGAGAGCUUUCAGUAUUAUGCCACUGGUAUGGACUAUCGGAAGUAUUUUCGGGCCGGCAUUUGGUGGUGCGUUGGCGUGGCCUGCAGAGAAAUAUCCUGGUAUUUUUGGGCAUAGUGGAUUUCUGAAGAAGUAUCCUUUUGCACUGCCUAAUAUUGCCUCGGCUUGUUUCUUCGUUGUUGGAAUCUCGAAUGGAAUUCUUUUCUUGGAGGAAACGCUGGAGACGAAAAAGAACCGUCGAGACUAUGGGCUUGAGCUUGGUAAGGCGCUUACUCGUCCGUGUACCUCGGGGAGGAAACGAAGUACAAAGGCGAAGAAUGAUGAUGAAGAGCGUACGACUUUGCUUCCUCGAGAUCAGAAGAAGAAGAUAUCUAAGCCUGCUUCACGGCCUAGCUGGUCACAAAUCUUUACACCACAGUCUUGUUUAAUUCUCACCUCGUACACGCUGACCUCAGGACUUGGCAUGGCAUUUGAUGCAGUUUUCCCUGCCUUCCUGAACUACCCUGUGCAAGAUUUCAAAGACAACCCCGACGUACAACUACCAUUUAAGUUUGCGGGUGGAUUUGGUGUUGAUUCCCAAACUAUCGGCAUCUACUACACUAUCAUCGGAAUAGUAGGCAUGGUCAUCCAAUUCCUCGCCUUCCCACCCAUCGCAAAGCGUCUCGGCAUCCUCCGCUGCUUCAAAACCGCCGCAAUCGGCAUGCCAAUCGUAUUCUUCCUUACGCCAUUCACAGCUCUCGUACCUGAUCCCUUCCGCAUCCCCGCUGUCCUAUUAAUCAUGCUUGCGAAGCUAUGCACAGUCGUCUUCGGAAUCCCCUGCUGCACAAUUUUGCUCACAAACUCUGCUACCUCUAUGUCUGUUCUUGGUACUUUGAAUGGUGUCGGGACUAGUGUGAGUGCUCUUGGUCGCGCGGCAGGACCAGCAGUUAUUGGAGCUGCGUUUUCCUAUGGUGUGAAGCGGGGAUAUGUUAUAAUUCCUUGGUGGCUGCUAAGUGCUUUAGCUCUAUGGAGUGUUGUUCCUGCUUUUUGGAUUGUGGAGCAGGAUGGUCCGCAUCGGGAUGAUCAGGAUGUGGAGGAGGAAGAGCAGGAGCAGCAGCAAGAUCAGGAUGAGGAGGAACAGAUUCAUGGUGAAUCAACAGGGAAUGGUUAUGGUACUCUUGUUUUAUCGAGGGAGGAGAGUGGCCGGAAGUCUUCGGGUCGCUCUGAUCUUGAGUGA